AUGAAUUGGACUGUGCUUCUCUUUAAGGGUCCUUUGAACAGGCAAUAUCAGUCCAUCCCUUCGUUUCCAAUCCAAAAGAACUGUGAACACUUUUUUCAUACUCGGUACUUGCUUGCCCUUUCUCAGGAUCGGUCUCGCCAACCAGCAGUGCUAGCUGCUGUCACAACUGGUGGGCAUCGUGGCAUCCUGUCUAGUCUCAUGCAAAAGCCAUUGAUUUUUUUAUCAGUGGUACAUCAAAGUGGUCAGUUGUUUUUGUUGAAGCUUUAUUAUCUUUUUUCACUCUUUUGGUCUCAUCAUCAGGUUGCUCAGCUAUGCGUGAGGCUGGGAUCGAUUACAUUGAGAAACCUUAACACUUGCAUUUGGUUGGCUUUAGUUCAUAUUCUAGAAACUUUCAUGGAUUUUAGUAACCCAGCUGCUGCAUUGUUUAGAGAGUUGGGUGGUUUAGAUGAUACCAUCUCCCGUUUGAAGGUAGAAGUCGAAAAUGGCUUGAAGCAACAAGGGUGGUCGAGAAGUUUGCAAACUCUUUCAAGUGCUUCCUCUGAGCUAGAUAAUAUGCAUCCAUUUUAUUCUGAUGCAUUAGUUUGCCGGCGGUUACUGAUGAAAGCUCUCUUACGUGUAGAUAGGAUAGGAAGCAAGUCAGUUAUGAAUAAGCUAGUGAUGCCGGCUAGCCAGCUUGGCGCCAACUCCUGGGCUCAGAUGGUGGCUUACGCCGUGAUGUGCAAAGAGCGAGAUUGGGACCCAUUGAUGCCUUCGACUGACAAAGGGUCUGGACUCUUCUUUAUUGUUGCUAAAAAGAAGAAGAUUUUUGAGAAGUUUAAUAACGCUCAUCACGAAAAGUAUAGGUGGUUUGGGAUAAAGACCACAGACGAGGGUUGGGUUAGCUUUUUGGUAGGAAAGGCGGUCACAUACUAG